AUGUUUGAUAAAAAAAAAUUUCUAAUUAGUUCAAUAUCAAUAACCUUGCUAAUAUUUACGAUAUUUCACAAUGUUGAAAAUGUAAUUCAGAAAAGAAGAUUUUUGUCAGAAGAUGAGGCAUCUAAUGAUCAACCUGAAGAAAAAAGCGAGGAUGAACACAAAAAUAUAAAAAGAACAUACUCCCCAUCAGAGAUUGAGUUCUGGAUUUGUUUAUUUAUAGCUGCAACUCUAAUCUGUUUGGCAGCCAUCUGCUCUGGGAUGACUGUUGGUUAUUUAUCAGUAGAUGAAUUAUAAUUAGAAAUAUAUAAAGAAUAAGGCACACUUGAAUAAUAAAGGUAAGCAAAUAUUAUUUUGCCAAUUAUAAAAUAGCAUCAUAUGCUUCUUUGCACAUUACUCAUAGGGAAUGCAUUCUGUAUGGAAUCGCUUCCUAUAUUUUUUGAUAAAGUAGUUCCUCCAGCUUUUGCAGUAUUAAUAUCAGUCAUCUUUAUAAUCUUUGCUGGAGAAAUCAUUCCUUAAGCUCUAUGUACUGGUCCAAAAUAAUUAAUUAUUGCUGAAAAACUAACUCCCUUAGUUAAAAUUUUAAUGAUUUUAUUCUGGCCUAUCAGCUACCCUUUGGCUAAAAUAUUAGAUUCCUAUUUUGGAGAGCAUGGGUCUACUAGAUUUUAAAAGAAUGAACUAAAAGCUCUAAUAGAGUUACAUGGAAUACAAAAACAUGCUACUGGAGGAUUCACUUAAGCAGAAAUUAAUAUGAUAACCUCCACUAUUGAUUUGAGGGAUAAAACUGUUGAAUAAGCCAUGAUCCCGAUUAAAGAUGUUUACUCUGUUAACAAAAAUAAUGAACUUAAUAGAGAAACUUUAGCAAGAAUAGCUUCCUCUGGUUAUUCUUAUGUUACCAUCUAUGAAAAUUAGAAGGAAAAUAUUAUCGGCACUAUUAGAUCGAAAUAAUUAAUUGAUAUGGAAUUAACUAAGAGAAAGAUAUCUGAAUUAGAUAAUCUUGUUAGACCUGUUCUAUUUAUUUAAAAUGAUACUUCUUUAUUCGAGAUGUUAAUGAUUUUUAAAUAAAAAAAAACUAAAAUAGCUUUUGUAGUUGAGGCUAAUAAAAUUGAAUAAACUAAUACUUCAAGAAUUCCUAAUUAUUAAACUGCUGAUGAGAAAAUGUAAAAAAAAAUUAUAGGAUUGAUCUCCUUGAAAAUGUUAUUUGAAGAAAUUGUAAAGAAGGAGUUUCAUGAUCAAGAUAACCACAUCAAGAUUAUUUCACUAAAACCUCCUUAAAUUUAACCACUUGGUAGAUCAUAAAACAAAAUACUAAUUGAACCAGAGGAAAAAAAAUGA